CCCGGAAGUACUUAGUUAUUAUUGCCUGCUUCAUAGCGGCAUCAUAAGAAACAUGGCAGCCACAAUGGCCAGGAACGUCCCUGGCUUGAUGAGGCCGUUGACUCUGUUUGCCAGGGGGCAGCAGAUAUGUCGGUUCUCCACCAUAAUCCAUCGUCAAACCGUCCAGAGGUCUCUGCUCACUACUCCUACAUGGGCUUCUCUGUCUGCCAAAGCCUUCCAGACACCCAAACCGAGCAUCCUGCAACGGGUUGCGCCUCUCAUUCCCAGCCUGGUCCAGCAGCCAAUCAGAAACCUCACGUAUAUCAGCCUGAAAAAGGGGAAGAGGAAGUCUGUGAAGUCAGUGGUGAAGAGGUUCAUGCGGCUGCACUGUGGCCUUUGGAUUAGACGCAAGGCUGGAUACAAGAAAAAACUGUGGAAGAAGUUGCCUGCCAGAAAGAAGCGUUUAAGGGAGCAUGUGUUUUGUAACAAAACACAGAUUAAGCUCUUGGACAAAAUGACCACUAAAUUCUGGAAGAGGAGGAACUGGUUUGUCAAUGAUCCCUACAAGAAAUAUCAUGAACGUGUCAACCUAAAAGUCUAAUGGCUUGAAAUGGCCUUCCCACCCUGAGACGUAUGUAAUUUGCAAUUGAUUAAUCAAAUUUCAUUGUACACAGAUGAGAUCAAGAACAUUGUUCACAGCAUCAUUUUGGUCAACGUAGAGUGAAACGCAGAUUUGGGCAAAUUUGCAAUUGAUAAAUCAAAUGGAAAUAUCACUGUCUUUUCAAAGUCGUUGAAUAAAUUAUCGCAAAUGCUUCUUGAAUUGUAUUACAUAUUUAAAUAUAAUAAUUUUAAAAAAUACAUAAGCUAUGGCAUCACAUUGUCUCGUGUGGCUCAGUUGGUAGAGCAUGGCGCUUGCAACACCAGGGUUGUGGGUUUGAUUCCCUACUGUAAGUCGCUCUGGAUAAGAGUGUCUGCUAAAUGACAAAAAAAUAAUAUAUAUUGGCUGUUAUCAGUUCACCAACAGAAACACAGAUGAUACAGAGAAAGCGCACGUCAUUCCUGUCUCUGUCAUAUUUUUUCUUUUUAAUAAAUAGAGUUCAGACAUGUU